GAGUUUAGUAAUUCGUUAAAAAGGCGGAAGGAGGAGGAGGAGCAUCCAUUCUUUGUUUACAUCACCAAGUGCAAGACCAAAAGCCGAUCCCUGACGUGAGGUGAAAAAGGUUUUAUUAUUACUGUUUCGAGGCACAUGUGGACGUACUAGGUACGCCAUACAGUCCUAGAGUCAUGGGGCGGCAGGUGACCACGGCGCUGUCUGACCUGGCGUUGGCGGCCUCGGCGGUGUGGGGGUUCCGGGCGCUGAGUGUGCUGCCCGGGGUUGAGCUGAGGUUCGGCAAGUGGUGGUUCAUGCUGCAGACGCUCGCCGCGGUUCUGGGCACUGUGAGGUUUGGGGGAUUGGUGCCGAGUUACCAGUCUGCGGUGGAGCGCUACCACAGAAACUUCUCCUGGCUGUGUCGGGCCAUUGGUGUGCCGUGCCUGGCGGCCGAGGCGUGCGUGCAGGCUGGCUAUGCCACGGCAGGGCAGGGCUUCCUGGUGUCGGCGGUGGCCAGCUUCAUCGCCACAUCUAUAAAGAGCCACCACAAGGACAAGAUCGUGGAGCUCACUAGUGUGCUCUCCAUCAUGGCCAUCACCUUCCUGGGCAUCACAGGCGGCAAGGUCAUGUUCGCCUGCGCGGGGGGGCUGUUCGUGGCCUCGGCCGUGGUGGGGGCGGAGGGCAGGGUGGGGGGAGUGGACAGGGUUGACCUCUUCCACUGCAUACUGGUGGGGGUCAACUACUGCCUGGUGGAGGGCUUCAGAACCAAGGGGGGGUAAGGGGGGGGGUGUUCCUUAGUGUGUGUGUGUGUGUGUGUGUGUGUGUUCUUGCAUUCUUGUCACUGAAGAAAAUUAGAUUGGUAGAUCUAUUUUGCUUGCUCACUUUUGCCCCCCCAACCUCACCCCCAUCCCCACUCAUCCCACCUCUUUUAUCAUUUUUAUAUAAUUUUUACUCUUAUUAUGUUCAAGGAAAUAUAUAGUGUGUCGUGUGUGUGUGUGUGUGUGUGUGUGUGUGUGUGUAGAUAGCAGUAACCACUAUUGUUCCAUUGUUAUCAUCAGGUAUCUCAAUUUUUAUUUUUUAUUUUUUUUACAAUAAAGGAAACAGGUCAAGGGUAAAAAAAAAGAAAACAAUAAUGAAAAAACCCCCCUGCAAAUCACUACUCCUAUAAAAAGAGUUAGGAGGAGUGUUUCGGUGCAUUUCAACACCUCACCUCCAAUACUUCUAAUACCUUACCUGCCAAAGCCCAAUGUUGGCCAUAAUGAUAUCCUGGAAAGUUUAGUCAUGUUACCUGUAUCCAUGCAUUCAUUUGUGAGUUGACUUUUGUACAUAAUAAAUGAUGAAUAAUA